AUGUCGUCCUCGGACCCCGCCGCCGAGGGAGAGGGAACCCCCGCCCAGCCCGCGUCCGAGAAGGAACCCGAGAUGCCGGGCGCCCGAGAGGAAAGUGAAGAGGACGACGAAGAGGAAGAGGAGGAGGAGGAGGAUGAAGAGGAAGAAAAAGAAAAAAGUCUUAUCGUGGAAGGCAAGCGAGAGAAAAAGAAAGUGGAGCGACUGACCAUGCAAGUCUCUUCUUUACAGAAAGAACCUUUCACAAUUGCACAAGGAAAAGGACAGAAACUUUGUGAAAUCGAAAGGAUACAUUUCUUUCUGAGUAAGAAGAAAACCGAUGAACUUAGAAAUCUACACAAACUGCUUUACAACAGACCAGGCACAGUAUCUUCAUUAAAGAAAAAUGUGGGUCAGUUCAGUGGCUUUCCAUUUGAAAAAGGAAGUGCCCAAUAUAAAAAGAAGGAAGAGAUGUUGAAAAAAUUCAGAAAUGCUAUGUUGAAGAGCAUCUGUGAAGUUCUUGAUUUGGAGAGAUCAGGUGUAAAUAGUGAACUAGUGAAGCGGAUCUUGAAUUUCUUAAUGCAUCCAAAGCCUUCUGGAAAACCUUUGCCAAAAUCCAAAAAAGCUUCUAGCAAAGGCAGCAAGAAGGAGCGGAACAGUUCUGGAAUGGCAAGGAAGGGGAAGCGAUCCAAAUGUCCUGAGAUUCUGUCAGAUGAAUCUAGUAGUGAUGAAGAUGCAAAGAAAAACCAAGAAGAAUCUUCAGAUGAUGAAGAUAAAGAAAGUGAAGAAGAGCCACCAAAAAAGACACCUAAGAAAGAAAAGCCUAAGCCUAAAGCUGCUUCUAAAAGUAAAAAAUCUGCAAAAAGUGCUAAUGUUAAGAAGGCAGAUAGCAGCACCACCAAGAAGAAUCAAAACAGUUCCAAGAAAGAAAGUGAAUCAGAAGAUAGUUCAGAUGAUGAACCUCUAAUUAAAAAAUUGAAGAAGCCUCCCACAGACGAAGAGUUAAAGGAAACAGUUAAAAAAUUAUUGGCAAAUGCUAACCUGGAGGAAGUCACAAUGAAACAGAUUUGCAAAGAGGUAUAUGAAAAUUAUCCAGCUUAUGAUUUAACUGAAAGGAAAGAUUUCAUAAAAACAACUGUUAAAGAGCUAAUUUCUUGA